GUCCUCGUUCCAUCCUGUGCUCUCCUUUCUGUCUUUCUUUAUCCUCUUUAUACCCUCUUGUCUUCAACCACCAUCAUCCAGCAUUUCUGCUCUUAAUAUUCUUCGCAGGUCCGCUGCAGCAAUGACAGCCUCAGCAGCCAACUCUUCGCCCUUCCUCCCAUUGCCUCCAGCUCGAGAUAUCCCAGUCACGUUUACAGCAAGCUUACGGAGCUGGUGGGCAGCUGGGGAGAAGCAGGGUGCAGCUUCUGAAGAACGUCUACUAAGGAGACUCCCGUUUUUUAUUCCGGAGCAACUUUCGACUUCUCCAAAUGAUGAUAGCCCAGUGAUAGCACACAAUGAGAAGGUUACACUAGCCACCCCGAGACAUUACAUCAAUACUUUGUCCAUCAAGUCCACCUCCCCAUCACCUUCUGCCCCACCCCCUGCAGUCGUACUUCAUGGUUACGGUGCGGGCCUCGCAUUUUUCUUCCGCAACUUCCCAACGCUCGCCCAGUGGGCAGGCCACCGUGGAACAGAUGUGUACGCACUCGAUUGGCUUGGAAUGGGCCGCUCUGCUCGCGUGCCUUUUACCAUUAAAGCUAAACGCGACGAUGUCGCCGGCCGCGUCAAAGAAGCAGAAUCAUUUUUCGUAGACUCACUUGAGGAAUGGCGAGAGAAAAUGGAUUUGGACAAGAUGACACUCAUUGGCCAUUCACUUGGUGCUUACUUCAGUGUCGCAUACGCUCUCCGUUAUCCUACACGUGUCAACAAGCUUAUCUUACUCUCACCUGCCGGAGUUCCUCGGGAUCCGAACAACACUGAUAUCCCAUCUCGAGAAUUGACCGAUACCGGAGAUGCAGCCAGCAGUGUCAGCGAUUCGGCGAUAGCAGCUUCGAAGGGCGAGGUUAAACGCCUUAAGGACGAACAGAAGGCACAGAAGAGGUACGAAAGUCGAUCCGCCAAGCUCUUCACGUAUCUCUGGGAGGAGGGUUGGAGUCCAUUUCAGGUGAUCAGAUCAUCCUUGUUCUGGGGCCCUCUACUAGUCGGAAAGUACUCAUCCCGCCGAUUCUCUGGCCUCAGCCCAGACGAAACUAAGGAUAUGCAUGAUUACAUUCUCAACAUCACUCUAGCUAAGGGUUCUGGUGAAUACUGUAUCUCACACAUCUUGGCACCAGGCGCACAUGCACGCAUGCCUCUCGUUGACCGGGUGGGCGCGCUCAAGAUUCCUAUCACUUUUGUUUAUGGAGAUCAUGACUGGAUGGAUCCUGAAGGUGGCUCGAAAUCUGUGUCAAACCUUCGGAAAGCUGGCAAUGAGCAAGGCAGAAUGUAUAUCGUGCCUCACGCCGGACACCAUGUUUAUCUAGACAACCCAAGGGCAGUGAAUGACCUUCUCGUCAAGGAACUGGAUCGCCCACCCAAGCAACCGCGACAGUCCACUCCAAAUGACAAUAGUUCUUGAUGUGUUACAGGGUAUCUUUUGUAGAAUUACAGGUAUAAUAGGGGUAAUCUGGGUGGACGUCCUUAAGAACAUUUGUUGCACUAAUAGACGGGUCUUUAGGGAUUCGGACACACGUAUGUAGACCUGUACUCAUUAGAUUAUUUAAGCAAUCACAGCACCAUCAUUGUACAGAUACAGUGGAGGCUACAAGAAGUGAUAUGGUAACUGUUGUACAACAGCAGUCCGUGAAAGCGAUUGACAACAUGAUGGAGAUGCACAAAUGUCCUACGUUGUAGUCCCGGAUGUCCUGAUAGGUCCUUGCCAAAUUUCUUAUCGACGUCCACCAGUGGGUGCCGCCCCUGUCAUUCUCUCAGGAUACCUCGCUUUGAUUCUCGCCGCAAGGUCUUCCUCAUAUAUCUGAUCUGCACCCAGC